AUGGCUCCCACCCUGCUCCAGAAGCUCUUCAACAAAAGGGGCGGCGGCGCCGCGGCCCUCCCCGGCCGGGCUCCGGGGGAGGAGCCCGCCUUCAGCUGGUCCUCUUCAGAAUUUGACUUGAAUGAAAUUCGCCUGAUAGUUUACCAAGACUGUGAGAGGAGAGGCAGACAGGUCUUAUUUGAUUCCAAAGCAGUCCGCAAAAUUGAUGAAGCUGUGGUUCAGAAAAUGGCAGAAGAGACUUCUGUAAAGACUUCUGCCAGGAACUGCCAAGCAAGCAAUGGGAACAACAUUUCUUCCCAUAAUCCCUCUAUAGGCUGUAUGCAAAAUAUCAAAGAACAUAUACCGAAGUAUCAGUACACCAGACCAGCCUCUGAUGUCAAUAUGCUGGGAGAAAUGAUGUUUGGCUCAGUGGCAAUGAGUUACAAAGGCUCCACCUUGAAAAUUCACUACAUACGCUCUCCCCCACAGCUGAUGAUAAGUAAAGUCUUCUCAGCCAGGGUAGGAAGCUUCAGUGGAAGCAACAAUAACUUGCAAGAUAGCUUUGAAUACAUCAACCAAGACCCCAGCCUGGGAAAGCUGAGCUCCAAUCAGAAUGGUUUGGGAACCUGUCGCAGUGGAAGUAAUUUAGGUGUGUUACAGCUGUGUAGCAGCAAACUGCUGCAGGGUGUGUCUGAAGGAGGUCCCCUCCGGCUCAUCCGCAGUGCUUCUUUCUUUGCAGCACACAGCACACCUGUUGAUAUGCCUAGCAGAGGACAAAAUGAGGACAGAGACAGCGGCAUUGCUCGGUCAGCAUCUCUGAGCAGUCUUCUGGUUACUCCUUUUCCAUCUCCAAGCUCUUCAUCAUCAUCUUCUAGCAGCUACCAACGUCGCUGGCUCCGAAGUCAGACAACCAGUUUAGAGAAUGGAAUUGUUCCAAGGUGGUCCACUGAAGAAAUGUUUAGUAUGGCUGAUGAAAGCUGCAGCUCCAAUCCUGCAAUGGUUCGAAGGAAAAAAAUUGCAAUCAGCAUAAUCUUUUCUCUGCCUGAAAAAGAAGAAGCCCAGAGAAACUUCCAGGAUUUCUUUUUCUCUCACUUUCCUCUUUUUGAGUCUCACAUGAACAAGCUGAAAUAUGCAAUAGAAAAGGCCAUGAUCUCAUGUAGAAAAAUAGCAGAAUCCAGCCAGAGAGUGCAGGUUUAUAUCAGCCGUGUCAUGGAUGCCCUGGGAGAAUUCAGAGUUACCAUCUGGAACCUAUAUUCUGUUCCAAGGAUUGCAGAGCCUGUGUGGCUUAAUAUGAUGUCCAGCACCCUGGAAAAGAAUCAGCUAUGCCAGCGUUUUCUUAAAGAAUUUACAUUUCUGAUAGAACAGAUCAACAAAAAUCAGUUUUUUGCUGCUUUGUUGACUGCAGUGCUGACAUAUCACCUAGCUUGGGUCCCAACAGUGAUGCCAGUUGACCAUCCUCCCAUCAAGGCCUUCUCUGAGAAGCGCACAUCCCAGUCUGUGAACAUGCUGGCAAAAUCCCACCCAUAUAACCCUCUCUGGGCACAGCUGGGUGAUCUCUACGGUGCCAUAGGCUCUCCAGUUAGAUUGACUCGAACUGUUAUUGUUGGAAAGCGCAAGGAGUUGGUGCAGCGCUUGCUCUAUGUUCUAACUUACUUCAUCCGGUGCUCUGAGCUGCAGGAAAAUCAGCUGAUGUGGACUGAGAAGGCUGGGGAAGGAGAGCAGGUGCUAAAUGGAAGCAAGAUCACAACUGCACUAGAAAAGGGAGAGGUAGAAGAAUCUGAUUACGUGGUUGUCACUGUUAAAAAUGAACCUGCUCUUGUGCCUCCAAUCCUACCUCCAAAGAAUGAUGGAAGUAAAAACAACAGUACUGCUGAGUGGGUGCAUGAAUCAGAAAGCGCUCAGGCUGUCCCAGUCUCUUCAAAAGAAAAAAGGGAAACUAUAGGAAAGGACAGUCAGACCUCUGAAACAUCUGUUGACUGUCUAACUAGCCAUUUCUGUAAAGGAGCAGGUGAUGGUAGGAAAAGAACUGUCACUGAUACAGGAAUUAUAACAUACCACUCUGAAGAAUCAUCUAAAUUAGAGGAUGUAAUGGAUGUAAAGAAGAACAAGAACCACAAUGAGAGAAAAGUGGAAAAGCAGUUUUCUAGUAGGUCGUCUGCCCUACCUUGUCCUGAAAGGUCUGGCCACAGGAGUUCACACUUAGAAAAGGUCACUUUUCAGAUUGGAAGUUCAGCAUCACCAGAGUCAGACUUAGAAACUCAUAGAAGAGAAAUGGAAGAAAAUCUCAAUGCAUUAAUUAAAAAUCCAGAGGUGAUACAUUGUACCUCAAGUUCCACAAAUCUGACUGUGGAUGCUUCUCAGAAUCAAGAAGGCAGUUGUGAAGCUGCCUUUAUACCUAUCAGUAAACAUAAUGUUUGUUAUGCACAAAUCCCACCAUGUGAGGAGAAGGAAAGUAUACUUAACCAACAUAUGGAAAGUAAAGGAACUGAAGUGAAUUUAAUCAACUCAAUAUCUAGUGAACUGCUUUUGCCAACAGAUAAGAUAGAAACUGUAAAAUUGACAAACGUGAAAGAAAAUAGAACUUUAUGCUGUGGCAACCUGGAGAACUGUUCUUCUGACUGUGUAGAAGCAGAUUCUGCUGUCAAGCAAAAGUCCCCUAAAGUAUGUGCUAAAGAUGUCCCCCAUGGGGAUUCUGGAAGGAAAACCUCCUUCAGAGUUGAGGGGGACAUUCCAAGGAAUGAGAGUUCAGACAGUGCUCUUGGAGCUAGUGAUGAAGAAGGUGACUGUUGUAUCCCUGAUGAAGUGCGUCAUGAUAACAUCAGCAAACAACUUGAAGAAUUUGCAGAAGUGGAACUUCCUUUGCCAAGGUCAAAUACCAUCAGCAGUCAAUGUGUGAAAAACUUUGGAAGAUCUCUUCUGGGUGGUUACUGUCAUACCUAUAUACCUGAUCUAGUGCUGCAUGGAAUAAAUAAUGAUGAAAAACUCAAGCAGUAUCUACUAGCAGAUCUAUUUCAUGCAAUGCAUCAUCCAGUGCUAGAUGAGCCCAUAGCAGAAGCUGUCUGCAUUAUUGCAGACACAGAUAAAUGGAAUGUACAAGUAGCUACAAGCCAGAGAAAGAUGAUGGACAGUAUGAAAUUAGGCAAGGAUGUUCUGGUUUCGAGUCAAGUGUCCAGUCUGUUGCAGUCUAUUUUACAGCUUUACAAACUGAACGUCCCAGCUGACUUUUGCAUAAUGCAUCUUGAGGAUAGACUGCAAGAGAUGUAUCUCAAAAGCAAAAUGCUUUCAGAAUAUCUACGAGGACAUACAAGAGUGCAUGUAAAAGAACUAGGAAUUGUAUUGGGGAUUGAAUCCAAUGACUUGCCUUUGUUGGCUGCUAUAGCAAGUACUCAUUCCCCAUAUGUUGCUCAAAUACUCUUAUAA